UCCCCUCGUUUUAUUUAUUCAUUGUACCUCUUAUCCAACACCGCCGUUUCUGGACCUACAAACCUGCGUCAUUCGAACACAGCCGCAGACGGAACACUCGGGUAAGGGAGGACGGAGAUGGAGAAACGCCACGGAUGCAAGCGUGUAUUACCAGGAUUCAGUCUCCAAAAAGAUGCCGGAUGAUGCUUUUGUUUCGGAGCGCAAGUCUUUCGAUCAAGAGCAUCCUAUUUCUGGACGGGAGCUGAACAAGUUUUUUAUUUUUCCACCUCUACCUGAGUAAGACUCAAGACAGCAACGACUGGCAGCCCCGUGAGAUACAGUAAGUGUACUUUAUUGGCAUGGAUGGGCGUUCCAAAGGCUGCUGGGAGAUUGAGUUCUUGAUCCGCAUUGCUGCUGGGAGAUGGAGUCUUCUUUAAACAGCUAGCAAUCCGCAGCGUUUUCACUGCUGGUUACUGGAGCUUGCUCCAGAUUUGGGGCCGAGCCGUCCCGCGUGUGUUUUAGAAUGCCUGCCGAGCCGGGUCGCUGCUAAGUGAAGCUGAAAUGCCCCUCCAUUACCUUUGAACCCGGGACUCCUAGUAUUAAUAAUAAAGAAGACUUCGAAGAGCCUCGGAAAGGGCCCAUUGGAGGAACCAGGUCACGUGAUCUCGGGGGUUAAAGGUGUCAGGACCCCUGCAGGAAUAAUAAUAGUAAUAAUAACACAUUUUAAAAAAAUACCAAACUAAAUAUGCAAAAAGCUCUCUAUUACGAGAAUGCAGGGUCUUUCAGGGGGUGUUCUUACCAAGAGCCCACAGGACUCGGGUACAUGGGCCCACAGGCCUACCCAGCUCCAGUGCAGUACCCGUCCGCCAGUUACUACCAGCCGGACACUUCCCCCUGCGCCCCCAGCCGGGAGACCGAACAGAACCCGAGUUCAAGAAGAACAGGUGUCUGCCGCCUCCCCGACCUGGCGGAGCUGCCGCUGUGCUUGCAGCCCGCGGUGCAGUCUCCAGGUUCGAGCAGCACGUCGACUCAGAGCAGUAGCCCGGAUCAGGCACCGGCACCACCGCACCCGGCAGACAAGCUCCCCAGUACAGGCACCUCGGCAGCCGGCCAAGGCAGAAGGAAUUCCACUGGCAAUAACGUACCGAAACAGAUCUUCCCUUGGAUGAAAGACACGCGUCACAAAUCCAAGCAGCAAAAAAACGAUUUCAGUGACUCAGGUGAAACCAGCGCAGAAACCAGCCCUCCCAGUCCAGCUUCCAAGAGAGCCCGCACAGCCUACACCAACUCCCAACUGGUGGAACUGGAGAAGGAGUUUCACUUCAACCGCUACCUCUGCCGACCACGCCGGGUCGAGAUGGCCAAGCUCCUGACCCUCACCGAGCGGCAGAUCAAAAUCUGGUUCCAGAACCGAAGAAUGAAAUACAAGAAGGACCACAAACUCAAAGGGGGGGUCAGCUCUUCCCCAGGGGGGUCUCCAAGCCAGAGCCCCUUGAUCGGCUCCUACUUCCAGCCCGGUGACGUUGGGUAUGAAGCCCCUUUGCCCAACACUUACCCCAAGCCUCAUGGCAAUGUGGGUUUAGCUGCCUACUCCACCCCACUGUAUGACUGCCCUCCCCCUCAGAAGAGGUGCAGGGUGGCAGCCGUGGCUUGCGAUUAUGAUCCGCUUUCCCUGCAAGAGGACGGCUACGGCAGCCACAUCCUUCAGGGCAGUCCCGGGUAUGCUGAGCCCAGCUACAGGGAAUCUAUGCCUGGUAACUCGGGUUCAAUCUUCAAUCUCCCCCACGCUUCUUCUAGCUUGGACUACAGCUGUACCGCACAGAUCCCUGGUAAGCACCCCCUUGGACCUUGCGAGCCCCACCCAUCCUACACUGACUUGACCUCGCAUCCCACGCUGCAGGGAACCGCUCAGGAACCUCCUACCCUCACACACCUGUAGGGGAGCUGUUUCCAGAAGACAGGCCAUUUCCAGGGGUUGGUUUUGCCUAUUAGUGUACCAACAGUAUUAUCAUGCUAGUUCUUUAAAAUCAAGGGAAGGAUAGGGAUUACCUCUAUUUAUUAAACUCUGUAAAGAUAUGCAUGUGAAAUAUAUUAUCUUCAGCGAGACUGCAUUUACUGAACAUAUAUAUAAAAAAAAAAACAAGUAAGCCAUUAAAUAUUGUAUCAGGUUGAAAUUGAAUUAAAUAAAUAAACAGGGUGUUUUUACAUAUUAUUAUUAUUAUUAUUAUUAUUAUUAUUAUUAUUAUUAUUAUUAUUGUCGUUCUUUUAAUACGACCUCUUCGCCUAUGCUAUUGACUUUCCAAUAUUUGUAUAUGUAAAAUAAAUUACCCCUUUUUUGUAACUUUUGGAGCGAUUCUUCUGUAGAAAACAUAUUUAUAACAUGUCGUUUCUACUGUAUACGGUAUAAUAGAAACUGUCUGUUUAAUUUUUUUUAAGUUUAUAGUUUAUUUGCUUUCCAAUUGUAGUAUUAAAGAAAUAUGCAACAGAGAA